AUGCCCCAUAUGAAAAGUAUAGUAAAGAUAGCAGUUUAUGCUGUAAUCAUAAUUGCAGCAGUAUACAUAGUGAAUUGGAUUAGAAAAGAAUACAAUAAGUCUGAAGACAGCGGCUUAACAGAAUAUCCAUUUAAAGACAUUAAUGUGGUUAAGAAAGAGAAAGAAACUGUUGUUCCUACUGAAAACGUUCUAAAUGACAAUAGACAUACUGAAAACAUUUUAAAUGAAAAUAAGAAAGCUGAAGAUGUUUUAAAUGAAAAGGAACAGCUGAUUAAAGAAAAGUUGUGCAAAAUUGCACAGCUGCACAGCAGUACUUGUAGUCUAUCCGGAGUCAAUCCAAGUGAGAAAAUUGAGAGAAGCAAUUCGUUUGUUAAGCUGGUCACCAAGUCUUUAAGCUAUCGUGCUCUUAGUUUUGGCUCUUAUUUUGGCUCUUAUCCUAACUUUACACUAGACGAAAUAAUAAUCUUUCUAAUUACUCCAGCAGAGAAUAGAAAACUUUAUUCUUGCGGAAACGAUACUUUGUUUGACCGCAGCGCGCAUAUUUCUGUUCCUUCAGAGCUAAAAAACAACAGUGAUGACAUUUUGAAUAUUUUAUUGACUUUUGUGGACCUGCAAGAGAAGGUGCAAAAUGACAUUAUUGUAACAGGUGUAGCACCAUCUGCUGGCUUCAAGUUUUCAAAGUUCAAGUAUUUUAGCACUGUGAAAGGUUUUGCAUUUUUUAAUGCGUCUUUGCACUCGAACACCUGCAAGGACAUGGAGAAUCUUAAGACAAUUACGCGCUUAGGGUUUUAUGAAGGAACAGAGCUAGUUGGCGAUCCAAGUGUAAAAGUAAACUUGGAAAACCUGAAGUAUUUAAGCAUAAAUAAUCUAAAAGGAGAAGAUGCUAGCCACUUUUUGUGUUUUACAAAAGCAGAGAAUUUAGAACUAUCGGUUGAAAAUGCAGAUUUACCUAAUACACAGGGCUUUUUCAACAUAUCUUCUCUAAAGUCUUUAAAACUAGAAAGGAUACUGUUUAAAGAAAUGCCAGACUUCACUUUCAUCAAGAAAAGUAAGAAUCUGGAAACUCUACAUAUGGACGAUGUGUUCUACGGGUAUGACGAGAAGUACGAAGAAAGCUUGCUUCCACAAAUUAAAAAGAAUAUAGAGUAUUUGAAUGUGAGCCAAGUUCAGAGAAAAUACAAUACAUACUCCGAGAAAGAAAAGAAGAUUAUUGAUGAAAACAAGACAGUAGGCAGGGAAAUCGCGCCAGAAGUCAUUCAUGUAAACAGGAAUAUUUAUCAAGAUCUGGGGCUUAGUCAAGUCAAUGUGGGUAAACGUAGUUGGAUAUAUAUUACAUUUCCCAUUCUCAAAACCAGCAGCUCUUCCUAUUGCAAUAUAGAUUCACACGAAAUGAGUUUUUCUUUGGAAGGCAGUAUAUUGUCAAUCUCUCUGCACUCAGGUUCUGAUAAGUCUGAUGCUAUUUUCCAAAAUAUUAAUAGCAACUUGGAGCUUCCUUUUGUCUCCUCAACAGAUAUUAAGCAUAUAGCGUUAUCAUUUUAUCAUAAAAUCACACUACCAGAGUCGUUUAUGAACACUCUUAUAAAGUCGCUGUUUUUAUAUGAGAAAAGUAAGUCCAUUAGACACUUGUAUAUUAAUACAAGAAGCAAAACAGACAUAGAUACGAAUACUAUCAUUGAGUGUGGUAGACACUUUAAAAACUUAAAGAUUAUAAAACUUAGUGUCGCCACUCUAACAGAUACGCCUAUUAAAGACGAAAAUAAAGUGGGGGUGAACAAUAACCCUGAAUACGAGAUACGCACAGAUUCUAGAAGUGCUACAACAAAAGUAGAAUUUUUUAGACAGCCUUAG